GGGGGUGGGGAACUAGGAACGGUGGGAGCCGCUGUGUGUGGAGGAGCAGCUGCCGGUGUCAUGGCGGAGCUGAGUGAGGAGGCGCUGCUGUCAGUAUUACCGACGAUCCGGGUUCCGAAGGCUGGAGACCGGGUCCACAAGGACGAGUGCGCCUUCUCCUUCGACACACCGGAGUCUGAGGGAGGCCUCUACAUCUGCAUGAACACAUUCCUGGGCUUCGGGAAGCAGUAUGUGGAGAGACACUUCAAUAAGACUGGCCAGCGCGUCUAUCUGCACCUCCGGCGGACCCGGCGCCUGAAAGAGGAGGACAUCACCACAGGCACCGGUGACCCGCCCCGGAAGAAGCCCACGCGGCUGGCUAUUGGUGUCGAAGGCGGCUUUGACCUCAGUGAGGACAAGUUUGAAUACGAGGAGGACGUGAAGAUUGUUAUUUUGCCGGACUACCUGGAGAUCGCCCGGGAUGGUCUGGGGGGACUGCCUGACAUCGUCAGAGAUCGGGUAACCAGUGCGGUGGACGCUCUCCUGUCGGCCGACUCAGCCUCCCGCAAGCAGGAGGUGCAGGCCUGGGAUGGGGAAGUGCGCCAGGUAUCUAAACAUGCCUUCCACCUCAAGCAGCUGGACAACCCAGCUCGGAUCCCUCCCUGCGGCUGGAAGUGCUCCAAGUGUGACAUGAGAGAGAACCUGUGGCUCAACCUGACAGAUGGCUCCAUCCUCUGUGGCCGGCGCUACUUCGACGGCACUGGGGGCAACAACCACGCUGUGGAGCACUACAGGGAGACCGGCUACCCGCUGGCAGUCAAGCUGGGGACCAUCACACCCGAUGGAGCUGAUGUGUACUCAUACGACGAAGAUGACAUGGUCCUGGACCCCAACCUGGCCGAGCACCUGUCCCACUUCGGCAUCGACAUGCUGAAGAUGCAAAAGACGGACAAGACGAUGACAGAGCUGGAGAUAGACAUGAACCAGCGGAUUGGCGAGUGGGAGCUAAUCCAGGAGUCAAGCGUGCCCCUCAAGCCCUUGUUUGGGCCCGGCUACACAGGCAUCCGGAACCUGGGCAACAGCUGCUACCUCAACUCCGUGGUCCAGGUGCUCUUCAGCAUCCCUGACUUCCAGAGGAAGUAUGUGGAUAAGUUGGAGAAAAUCUUUCAGAAUGCACCAGCGGACCCUACCCAGGACUUCAGCACCCAGGUAGCCAAGCUGGGCCAUGGUCUCCUCUCAGGAGCGUAUUCGAAGCCAACACCAGAGUCACCUGAUGGAGAGCAGGGCCCAGAACAAAAGGAAGUUCAAGAAGGCAUCGCCCCUCGGAUGUUCAAGGCCCUCAUUGGCAAGGGUCACCCGGAGUUCUCCACCAACAGACAGCAGGAUGCCCAGGAGUUCUUUCUUCACCUCAUCAACAUGGUGGAGAGGAAUUGCCGGAGCUCUGAGAACCCGAACGAAGUGUUCCGCUUCUUGGUGGAGGAGAAGAUCAAGUGCCUGGCCACUGAGAAGGUGAAGUACACCCAGCGAGUAGACUACAUCAUGCAGCUGCCAGUGCCCAUGGACGCGGCCCUCAACAAAGAGGAGCUUCUAGAAUAUGAGGAAAAGAAGCGGCAAGCCGAGGAGGAGAAGCUGCCACUGCCUGAGCUGGUGCGGGCCCAGGUGCCCUUCAGCUCCUGCCUGGAGGCCUAUGGUGCCCCUGAGCAGGUGGAGGACUUCUGGAGCACAGCCCUGCAGGCCAAGUCAGUUGCUGUCAAGACCACACGUUUUGCCUCAUUCCCCGACUACCUGGUCAUCCAGAUCAAGAAGUUCACCUUUGGCUUAGACUGGGUGCCCAAGAAACUGGAUGUGUCCAUUGAGAUGCCAGAGGAGCUUGACAUCUCCCAGCUGAGGGGCACCGGGCUGCAGCCUGGUGAGGAGGAGCUGCCCGACAUUGCCCCGCCCCUGGUCACGCCGGACGAGCCCAAAGGUAGCCUUGGUUUUUAUGGCAACGAAGACGAAGACUCCUUCUGCUCCCCUCACUUCUCCUCUCCGACAUCACCCAUGCUAGAUGAGUCAGUCAUCAUCCAGCUGGUGGAGAUGGGCUUUCCCAUGGACGCCUGCCGCAAAGCUGUGUACUACACAGGCAACAGCGGCGCCGAGGCCGCCAUGAACUGGGUCAUGUCGCACAUGGACGAUCCAGACUUCGCCAACCCCCUCAUCCUGCCUGGCUCCAGUGGGCCAGGCUCCACCAGUGCAGCGGCCGAGCCUCCGCCGGAGGACUGUGUGAGCACCAUCGUCUCCAUGGGCUUUUCCCGGGACCAGGCCCUGAAGGCUCUGCGUGCCACGAACAACAGCUUAGAGCGAGCCGUGGACUGGAUCUUCAGUCACAUUGAUGACCUUGAUGCAGAGGCCGCCAUGGACAUCUCAGAAGGCCGCUCAGCUGCCGACUCCAUCUCUGAAUCUGUGCCAGUGGGACCCAAAGUCCGGGACGGCCCUGGAAAAUAUCAGCUGUUUGCCUUCAUUAGUCACAUGGGCACCUCUACUAUGUGUGGUCACUACGUCUGCCACAUCAAGAAGGAAGGCAGAUGGGUGAUCUACAAUGACCAGAAAGUGUGUGCCUCUGAGAAGCCGCCCAAGGACCUGGGCUACAUCUAUUUUUACCAGAGAGUGGCCAGCUAAGGGCCUGCCCCAACUCCCCUCCACUGCGGGAUGGACUUCGGCCCCCCUGCUCUGGACCCUUUUUCUUUUUGUCCCCAGCAGCAGGGAAGAAGCUAGAGGCCACAGGAGAGUGGCCACACCAAGCAGGGGAGGCACUGAGAGACUUUGGGGGAGGGGGUUGUGAACCAGGAAUGGGACGGAGGGGCCCAGCCGCCUACCUGUGAGGAGACUUCAUUGCUUUCCCUGCCCUGGACCCCACAAUGCUCUGCUUCUCUGUCCACCUGCCCAGCCUCUGGGAUGGAGGGGGGGAUUAUCUGUGUGUGUGUGUGGGUGUAGCUUUGUGCAGCCUGUGCCCCCCCCCCCCCCCCCCGUCCUUGUUUGUUUGCUCCCCAUGUGGUUGGGAAAGGAGAGGUGCGAGGGAAAUGGGGACCUCACCCUCCUGCCUUGGUCUCUCCACACCCUGUCUCUUCCCUGUCCUUCUCUUGGAAAAUGCCAAAACACAUGAUGUGAAUAAAAGUACAGUAGCUAA